GUUAUGCUUACUCCACUCACUCUGGCAGAUGGAGAGAGGGAAGACGUAAUGGUUUGAUUCCCUAACGCUGGCAAUGGUCGUCGCUUUGACAUUACUCUGCAGAUCCCUCUAACAGGAGGAGAAAUGAAGGCAGGGGCUUCGUCCAUGUGGGCGUCAUGCUGCGGACUGCUGAACGAGGUGAUGGGCACAGGAACGGUGCGGGCACAGCAACCAGGUUUCGGAGCAGGGGCGGGGCCCUUCCGCUUCGCCCCUAGCGCAGGGUAUUCCACCUACCCCCCCACAAGCUCAGGGAGCGCCGGGCAGCUGUGCAAGGCCUGCGGACUGGCCUUCUCUGUCUUCAGACGCAAGCACAUCUGCUGUGACUGCAAGAAGAGUUUCUGCGCCCUUUGCUCUGUGCUGCAGGAAAACCUUCGCUGCUGCACAACCUGCCACCUGCUGCGCGGCACGGCCUUCCAGCGGCCUCGCCUCAUGCAGCUGCGAGUUAAAGACCUGCGGCAGUACCUGCUGCUGCGCAACAUCCCCACCGAUACGUGUAGGGAGAAAGAGGACCUGGUGGACCUGGUGCUCUGCCACCAGGGGACACGGGGGACACGAGACACUCCUAGACCUGUGAUGGAGGAGGACGAGGAUGAUGAGGAGGAAGACGAGGAUGACGAAACGUGUGGCGAUGAGGAAGAAGAUGGGGGAGAAGACACAGACAGUCUGCACUCGCUCCCCCACUCGCGUGCGGCGUCGCCGCCCUCCGCUCCGCGCUCCGCCUCUGAACAGUCGGCCCUGUCUGCCUCUCAGGGGGAUGUGCUCAGCCCGAGUGACAGUUCAGGGACCCCCAGCCAGGAGCAUGAGGGUACCCCAACGGCAUCCCUUUUGAAUUUGGAGCCUACUGAAAACAUCUUAGAGGUGAGCCCGGCGACGCAGAGGAGAAUCAGGGCCUCGCUGUCUGAUCUGGACAAUGAAGAGGCCAUAGAGAACCUAUCCGUCCGCCAGCUGAAAGAGAUCCUGGCUAGGAACUUUGUCAAUUACUCUGGCUGCUGCGAGAAGUGGGAGCUGCUGGAUCGAGUGCAUCGGCUCUACAGGGAAAACGAGCAGAACAGGAAAUCCAUGGAAAACGUCAGCAUAACUGCAGUGGUCGCAUAUCCUCCAUCUCUUUGCAACAGUGGAGUUGGAGAUGGCGUCCGAGCUCAGCUGGCGGCGGACGAAAACCUUUGCCGCAUCUGCAUGGACGGCAUCAUUGACUGUGUGCUGCUUGAAUGUGGCCACAUGGUGACUUGCACCAAAUGCGGGAAGCGGAUGAGCGAGUGCCCCAUCUGCAGGCAGUACGUGGUGCGGGCAGUGCAUGUGUUCAAAUCCUAAACCUCCUGUUGAUGUUUGCUUGCAUCAGAGAGGCCCUGAUUUUUUUAACUGAGGAGGAACUGCCAUGUGCGCAACAUCUCAUUGGGGGAGAGGGGGGGACGCUGAUGGGGCAGAAAUUACGAGACUGUUCUGACUAGGCUGUUCUCCCCCCACCUUACUGACUCGUCCCACCUGUCCUCCAGCUGCACCUGGUCUCCCAAUCUACACGGCAGACACCAUCACAACCCUCUGCUUUAAAUCCUUGCAGGAUACAAGAGGAGGUGGUCCUGCGGAUGCUUUGAAAGGGCCCGUCUGGUAAUUGUGGUGAUAGAUUUCAGAUCCCAGGGUUAGAGUCGAUAUGGUUUACACAGUCAUGCCACAUGACACUCUGUGAUCUCCCUCAGUGUUCAUUAGGAUGUGCAAUAUUGGAGAAAAAAGGUCAGUGUGGGUGUUAUUAGAAAAACAUGAGCCGCUUCAUCUAUCACACACAGAGGGACGUGUGGGUGCCAAAAAAACAUGGAUGUUUUGGUUUAGAUCUCACAAUAUACAUCUCAUAACCAGCAAGCUUAGUUUAAUAGUUUACUUUCAUUCCUAUGAACAGCUUUAGAAACAAACUGUGUACAUAUUACCCUGAUAGUGUGUGAAACAUGAUUCAUUCCCACAACAAAAAGAAAUAAAUACACCUUACACGCUUUAUCUGGACCACACUUCACUCCCCUAUUUGUCAAAAAGAUGAUUUUAUUAUGUUUGAAACUAUUUUAGAGCACUAAGUAAUGUGUGGUUCUCUUGGUAAAUAAUUAAAUCAUUACACUAUGAGGUUAGAUCCUGCUGUAAUCUACUGUGCCUUGCAAAAAUCUUCAUAUCCCUGAAUCUUUUUUGUUGUUUUUAUUCCGAUGUAACCACAAACCUCAUUCUUUUCGAUGGGAUUUUAUUUGAGAGGCCAACAUAUACAUAGAGCAUCCAUAGAGUGGGGAAAAAGGAUCAAAGGAUCUGGAAGCUCUGGUUUAUUCAGGUAUGAGUUUUUGGUUGUUUUUUUUAGGAAGAACGUAUGCAAAAGGCAAUUUGGGGAGGAAAACCUCAUCUUCCUAAACAUAUCAUCCCCAUAGUGAAACAUGAUGGUGGCAGCAUAAUGUAGGGAUGAUUAUUUUCUUCUGCAGCUAAAGGGAAGGUGACGAGAACAAGGUUGGAGCUACAUAGAGAAAAAACUGAAAUAACAAAUUUCAGAAGCUGCAAUGGAGCAACGGAGAUUUACUCACAAGCAGCACAACAACCCUAAGCAUUCAGUCAAAGCUAUAAUGAAACAGUUUGGGUUUGAAAAAAGUUAUUCUGACAGAUUUAAUUUAUUUUAAAAUGACAAAUGGGACAAAAAUAUAAUUUCCUACAUGCAUCUGUUGUUCCUGCUAAAGGUAAUUAUAUAAAAGUGUUGAAUCACAGGAGAAUAAGAAAAUAAAAGCUUUGAAUAAUUUUCCUGAGCAUAACAAUUUGGCCCUACUUUAUGUUGGCCUGUCAUGUAAGAUUGUUCAUGGUCGUAACUUGAAAUUUGAAAAAGAUCAAACGCAUGAAAACUUUUGCAAAGCAUCACUAAACUGUCAUCAUCUUCUUCCACUAAUCGUGCUUCUUUAUUAUCAGUCCCAGGCUCAUCAGGUGCCAUCUCCUCAUCUAUGACUGUAAGAUCAGCAUAGGUUCUGUCUCAUCCUAAAUUUCCCGACACAAAGGUAGCUGUAUUUGCUUUUACCUUUUAUGCAAAAUAAAACACUUGUUCUUGUGAAGAGAUGCAGUUUAAAUCAAUUUUAAUACUUUGCAGCAAUCUGUAUCUGAUAGUUAGCUUCUGUUGUUGCGCAUUAAUAUGUCUCUUUUUUUGUUUGUUUGUUGUUUUUUUUUUUUGCUUUUUAUUUAAAAAAAAGCUCCUCUGAGUAAAAAAGGUAGAGAAUUAUCCAGAAUGUAUUCCCACUGGUUUCAAAUUCUCUCAUUUUGGGCAUAUUUCUGUCUUCGGGUCCAAAUAACCGAAUCUCUUGUACAUCAUUUCCACUGUAUGAAACACUGUAACCCUGUAGGUCCUGUCGUCAAAGCUGCUGUUUGUUGACGAUGUCAUUCAUGGGCAGCUACGGUGAUAUCAGCCUGGGUUUUACUCAUAGUCACAGAUAUUUAUAUUCUGAAUGUUAAACCUUUUUAUUUUGGUUAACAGGAGAAAAGAAAAAGAUUUAUUAGAUUCAAUAAAAUGCAGUAUUACAAACCA